CGCUUGUCGUCCUUUGCUCUCGACCAAGAACCAUGUCUCACCCGGUGCUCUGGCCGGUUCUCUUCUUCUAUCCCAUAGGCAAUCGGUCUCCCGUGUGUUUGACAGAAAACAUUGCGCCCGAGGAACCUGUGGAUGCGUUGUUGCUUGCUUGUGGCGAUGCCAGGAACAUUCUCUAUACCGUGUACGCCGACCCACCCACCAAACGGUCGCGUCUAGACUUCACGUGUUGCGAUAUCGAACCAGGCGUUCUCGCGCGCAAUGUUAUCUUGCUUUCCAUGAUCGUCGACGAAUAUGAUGCCUCUCACAUCUGGAACAUCUUCUAUCAUUUCCGACUGAACUCACAAGACUUCGAUCUUCUGAUCUCUCAUUGCAAACAACUCUUCGACCUGACGCGGGACGUGAAGAGCUGGCAGCACUCCCGCUACGCGCCCUUUCUCGUGUUCUCGAGCCUUCACACGCUUGCGGAGGUCAACAGAUACCUGGGCAACUACAUCGCGGCCGAGAGCCAGACCAGGGCGGACCAUGAUCGACUGCUGUCGUCGUUUCAAUCUGGAUUCAGAGCACGUCAUCGGCCGGGAGAGCGUAUGGCUGGAGCGUCCGUCUCAUGUGGGCCGUUUGCGGGCAUGGCCGCAGGGUUGUUCAGCGAUCACGUACACCACUACUGGAAAACUGGCAUUUUGUCGCGCUCUGCGAUUGACAUCGACCAAGCCAGAUUCGUGAACCCGACGUUCUGCCACUCGAUUUCUGCGGCGCCUCGUCUGAUGGGAGACCGCUGUACUCUGCACCAUCUUUCGUAUCCGUUGCACAGCUUUCACUUGGCCGACUCCUUCGUCGAGUCAGAGCAACAGCUUGUCCGUGUUGCUCAAUCUCAGUUCGCUGGGUGGUGCCGUGCUUUCCAAGCUUGCGAUCGCGACAAAGUCACCGUCCGGUUCAUGGCCGGCGACGCGCUCGCAUUUUGUCAUACGCUACUUGAGGGAUCUACAGCAAACUACGCGGUCAACGGUUGGAAGUCAGUGACGAUGAAAUUGGAUUCCGGCGAUGCUGCUUUCCCGACCGUUUUCGAUGUGAUUGACACCUCGAAUGUGUCUGACCACGUGGGCCUGCUCAACCUCCUCGUUGCUGCCGCGCCGCUUCUUCGUCGCAAGUCGUUUGCACGAUUGAAUACGGAGUUGGUCUGCUUGAGCCGAGACGGAGGAAACAAUCUGCCGAGUCUUCUGUGCAGCGACGUUCCGACUGCGUCUCUCUUGCUGGGAUUGUAUCCCAGUCCGGUCGAUGCCGCUCUUGCAGCUCAAUCCACAACUCUUCUCGUCGAAGAACCUGUGCAAUAUGUCUGGCGUAUCACGUGGAAGCCCGCCGGUUGCGGAAUGGUUCCCCAGUUUCCAGACGCCAAUGCGCUGGCCGCAGUGCUCUUUCAGAUCUACAAGCAGAUGUUCGGGGAUGAGGCUGAUUUGACACGCUCCGAGGUACAUUACCACAGGCCGUCCUUUGCUGCUCUUCUCCGUUUGGCCAAAUCGCGAGUACGGGCAGACUGGGACGCUGUCUUCGGCUCGAUAUUUGAUCGCCUUCAAUCUGACCGGACGCUGUUGAUGGGAUCGAACAACUACCAAGAGUUGUGUUGUCAGCUUCAUCUCCAUGGUAUAUAUACCGUCGACAUCCUCCGCGAUCCCCUGCCUGCCAGAGAUUACAAGCGCAUUUUCAAGGAUUGGAGAGAGGUGCCCCCCGUAGUCUGUGUGACUCUGGUCGUGCCUCGUCAGAACAUCCGGCACCUGGAGGAGCGCAGUGCGGGACAGCAGCUGGGCACUCCUCGCCUGCAACUGGAAAUCCGUGGCGCAUCCUUCCACAACAUCUUUUCUGCGAUACAACUGGCGUUCGGACGGGUUCAGGCUCAAGGGUCUGGCGAGGAUCGCACAAUAACGAUCGACGAGGACGGUCGUGGAUGGAAUGGCUCAUCUUCGCUCAUUGUGUGGGCCAUCCUUCCUGCAUUCAAUCUCGUCCAUGGUGAGACGCCAACACGCGUAUCGCUCGAUCUCCAUUCUACGCCCGAGACAGCGAUAUGGGCUGGGUUCAGUGGCCUGGCGCUCUUUUCCGCUGUUGUCACCGGUCAAUCUUUGUAUGUCACACAGAACCGACCCAACCAGAACGGCCCACUACCUCUAGGAACAGUCGCGGCUUCAUAUGAGGGAAGCAGCUCAGUAUCAUGCAACGUGUCCGAUACCCAAAUCCGCUCUAUGGCUCUGCGGUGGUCCCCGAAUGACACGAUUGCAUUGGCAGAUGCUGAGGUCCAGCACGCGCAGCAUUCUUCGCGGUCGGUACUAGUCACGAUCGAUGAUUCAGUCUCGCACGAACUCGAAUACCCCUACCCCAUCGACGCCGCGAGGCUAAAAGCUCGCAUCGCACGCAAGUCUGGGUGGAUCGAGGUUCGUUCUAACACAGGUUGUCGUCACCUGAUCUCAUCUUCGUCCGCAGGUUGAGGCAUCUGUGCGCAAAUGGGAGCCCUCGCCUUUGCAACUGAAAUGGCCAUCCACCUUGAACGAUUGCGCCGAGUUUCUCCCCCGCGUGAAUGGCGAUCUCUCUCCCACAGCUGACCCGACUCGGAUCGACUGUCUGAACCGCAUCUUCGAAUUUCAGCAUCUGCUCAUGAUGUCUCCCAGAGAACGACGGGCGGGAAACGACGAUGAGAUGCGGAAGAUCAAGAGUCCUCUGGCCAAAAUACUGUCCCAAAUCGAUCCCGCCAAGCCAAAGAAUGUGUUUGGUUUGGUCACGGCCGAGACGCAGGCGCCCGAGACACUGAUCAUCGUGCAAACCUUGCGUCUUGACCUGGACUCUGACAGCGUCUUCGCGGAUUGCGGCAUCUUACCAGUCACGCGGGGGCUCACAGAGGGCCCUCUCGCCUCAAAGAUCGAUGCGCUUUCCAAGUUGGCGACCAAAGUGAUCAUCGAACGCACGACUUGGAGGCAUUUGCUUGUCGCUUUCACCGAGCGCUGCCGCGACUGGUUCCACAAACCCGAUUGUCUCUAUGCGUUGGCAGGGAAAGCGCCGCUGUCUCUGGAAGCUGGUCAGAAUUGGCUAUGUUCAUGCGGCUCGGGCGUCGGCAUUCACUCUCAAGAUCCGGACCUGGCUGGCCUGAUGACUCGUGCCGCGAUCGCACCCAUCUUCGCAGUCCCGUAUUGGGAGCGGGUCACUUCGUUCGCUGAGCUCAAGGCGCUGUAUGAGGCUGUGAUCCGUUGUGCGGCCUGUCAGAAAUCUGGAGGAGCUUUGUUGACAUGUAGCUCUUGCAAGAAAGUGCAGUAUUGUAGCCGAGAUUAUCAGAAAGCGCAUUGGAAAGUGCACAAGAAACAAUGCAUGUAGUUAGGUCGUGUAGUUCAGCUCCCAGUGGUAUCGAACGAAUUCAUUUGGUGACGAAACAA